GCAUCAUGUUUCAGUAUCGAUGACUGAGGAGUUCAAAAUGACUUACAUCAACAGCUUCCUGUUGAUGAUUCGACAGCACUGAACUUGUCCGCCUUCACCAUGUCCGUGUAUCCCGAGGGAGACAGUCCUCUACUUCAGCUGCAGGAAGUGGACUCCAGCAGGUUGGGAGGUCAUGUCCUUUCUCCUGCCUUUAACUCCUCUUCUCCAUCUCUGCCGGUGGAGAGCCACCCCAUCUGCAUCCCAUCACCCUACACAGAUAUCGGCCAUGACUUCACCACUCUGCCCUUCUACAGUCCCGCUCUGCUGGGUUACGGCACAUCGCCUCUGUCUGACUGCCCAUCGGUGCGGCAGUCGCUAAGCCCCUCCCUCUAUUGGCCACCUCAUAGCCACGUUUCCUCAAUUGCAUUGCAUCAGCAACAGACUCGACUACAACAAAACCAUCCAACUGGUGGGAGUUGGGCAGAACUUACACCACAUGAUCACAGCGAAGAGGAAAACUGCAAACCUCUGGCGAAGAGGGUAGCAGAUGCAGAGGAGACUUCUACCUCUUUGAGAGGUAAAGCUGACAUGCACUACUGCGCCGUCUGUAGCGAUUAUGCCUCUGGGUAUCAUUAUGGCGUGUGGUCAUGUGAAGGAUGCAAAGCCUUCUUCAAGAGAAGUAUACAAGGACACAAUGACUACAUCUGCCCUGCCACCAACCAAUGCACCAUCGACAAGAACCGCCGCAAAAGUUGCCAGGCCUGCCGUCUACGAAAGUGUUAUGAAGUUGGAAUGAUGAAAUGUGGGUUACGCCGAGAUCGUGGCAGCUACCAACAAAGAGGAGCACAGCAGAAGCGAUUGGCGCGAUUCUCUGGCAGGAUGAGAACAUGUGGCCCGAGAUCCCAAGAAAUCAAAAGUGUCCCAUGUCCCCUCGGUGGAAAUAAGGUGGUUAGCAUAGCGUUGAGCCCUGAGGAACUAAUCGCUCGAAUCAUGGAUGCAGAGCCACCCGAGAUUUUCCUCAUGAAAGACGUGAAGAAGCCAUUCACUGAGGCCAAUGUCAUGAUGUCACUGACCAACCUGGCUGAUAAAGAGCUCGUUCACAUGAUCAGCUGGGCCAAGAAGAUCCCAGCGAGACUGCUAAAUGUCUUCGUGUUUGUCAGGGAUGAAUGCAGCUGUGUGCAAGGGUUUGUGGAGAUCUUUGAUAUGCUGCUGGCAGCCACGUCCAGGUUCAGAGAACUGAAGUUACAGAGAGAGGAAUAUGCGUGUCUCAAAGCCAUGAUCCUGCUCAACUCCAGUGAGUGUUCUUCUCAUUAUAACAAAGGCAUGGACCACCUCCACUGCAUGAAGAUGAAGAAGAUGGUUCCUCUGUAUGACCUGCUUCUGGAGAUGCUGGACGCUCAUAUCAUGCACGGCUCCCGUUUGUCUCACUCCGGCCCUCGAGCGGCUCCUGCUCCCAAAGAGAGCAACGCUGUCCAGGAG